AUGUCGAUGCGGAGGACAUUAUGGCAGACGCUCAAGUGUGCCGAUAAUGUCCUCAAUGGCCUCAACGGCCGGACACCCAGCAACGCUGCUCGUCUCAGCAGAAAAUGCCCUCGAUCCUCACGCCGCAGCUACAACACCAUCACGGUGAACGCUGCGGACCUUUCCUUCGGCCAGCCCGUGCAUGAGACGCAUCCACACCUCCUCCAGCCAGGCGAGCUGACGCCGGGCAUCACCGCGCAAGAAUAUGCCGACCGACGAACCAAGCUGGCUGCCAGACUCCCCGACCGGGCCAUCGCGAUUGUGGCGGCGUCCGACAUCCAAUUCCGGUCCGGCAGCGUGUUCUACGAGUUCCACCAAGACCCGGACUUCCUGUAUCUGACGGGAUUCAACGAGCCGGAAGCGCUGGCGGUGAUCGGCAAAGAUCCCACAGGAACAGACCAUACAUUCCACCUGUUCGUGCGCGAGAAGGACCGCAAGGCGGAGAUCUGGGACGGCGCGCGAUCCGGCACGCAGGCGGCUCGAGACGUGUUCAACGCCGACGAGACGGGCGACAUCACACGGCUGAAGAAGGUUCUGCCGCAGCUCGUGGGCGAGGCGUCGCAGGUCUAUACCGACAUCACGACGCCCGACCCGAACCAGUCCGCUCUCCGGCGAUUCCUGUACGGGCCGUCGCGCAAGAAGACCGACUUCUCCGAACUGAUCGAGGCCAGCAAAGUGCAUCGACUGCGCCCGAUCCUCAACGAUCUCCGCGCCUUCAAAAGCCCCGCGGAGAUCGAGGUCAUGCGAAGAGCCGGGAAGGCGUCAGGCCGAGCACACACCGAAGCCAUGCGGCGGGCGUGGACGCGCGAAAAGGACCUCGAUGCAUAUCUCCGCUACCGGUUCGUCGCGGACGGAUGCGACACCAUCGCCUUCGAGCCCGUCGUGGCCGGCGGCAAGAAUGCGCUGAGCAUCCACUACGUGCGCAACGACGACGUGCUGCAGGAUGACGAGAUGGUGUUGGUCGACGGCGCUGGCAAAUCCGCCGGAUACAUCUCCGACAUCACCAGAACGUGGCCCGUCGGCGGGAAGUUCUCUGACGCCCAGCGCGAUCUGUACCAGGCCGUCCUAACCGUGCAGAGGACGUUGAUCUCGUUGUGUCGAGGCAGCGCCAACAUGUCGCUGGACAAAUUGCACAGCAUUGCCGAGGACUAUCUGGCGAAAGAGCUGCAACAGAUCGGAUUCGACGUCACGUCCAAGACCAUCGAGGCCCUGUUUCCCCAUCAUUUGAGCCACUACAUCGGCAUGGACGUCCACGAUACCGUGGGAUAUACCCGGAAAACCGUGUUGCAGGAAGGUCAUUGUAUCACUAUCGAGCCAGGUAUCUAUGUGCCGGAUGAUGAGCGAUGGCCUAAGCAUUUCAGGAACAUGGGUGUGCGGAUCGAAGACAGCAUCAGCGUGCAGGAGGAUUCUCCCUACGUCUUGACUACGGAGGCGGUCAAGGAGGUGGUGGACAUUGAAGCCUUGAGAGAUUGA